AUGCUCCAACAUUUUAAUCACCUUCCCUUAUUUAUCUUCAUAUUCUGGUUAUGCUGCACUCUUCACGGCGUCGUUUCAGACCCACAAACUCAGCUUCUUAGUGCCCGGUGCAACCCACCUGACUUCUUCCUCGUUUCCGACUCCUCUAUCCUCACCGGAAACCUAAACGAAACAUUUCGGGAUAUCAGAGGCCAAAUCAGGGACCAGAAGAAGCACUUCGCCACAGCGCAGCAUGGCAAUGGGGAAAAUUUCCCGGUUUAUACACUUUUUCAAUGCAGAAACUAUCUUUCCAUCGCUGACUGUGUCGCCUGCUUUGAGAUCUCUGCCGCACAGAUCCGCAAAUGCGCUGCCGCCGCGUCACCCUCUCCAGGUGCCUAUGUCGUCUACGACGGCUGCUUCAUUAGGAUAAACCCAAUGGAAAUCAGUUUCACUGCUUAUUGUGAAAACCCUUUUCGGCUCGACAGGUACAACUAUAACACUUUCUUUAACGAGGCAACGCAAACUUUCAAUGGCGUAUCAUGUGGGAAUGAGACUACAGGAGGAGCUUCUGCAUUUUCUGAAGCAAGGCAACAAGUACUAACCAAUCUCCAAAUAUCAACACCAACAAUCCCAAGUUUCUUUGCGGCCACAAAGAUUCAAGUUUCAAAUAGCGGUUCAACUAUCUAUGCCUUUGCCCAGUGUGUUAAUACUAUCACAGCGAAUGGGUGUCUGAAUUGCUUGAAGGCUGGGUACAGUAAUUUGCAGAUUUGUCUUCCAUUUACCGAUGGUAGGGCUUUUGAUGCAGGCUGUUUCUUGAGAUAUUCCAGUUCUUCAAGCAAGAAAGGGGCAACUGUUGGUGGAGUUGUUGGAGGUGUAUCUCUUACUUUGAUCCUCCUUGCAUUAUUUGCCUGGAUUAAACGACAGAAAAGAGAUAAGAAUGUUCCUCGAGGAAACCAUUUGAAAAGCGACUUAACUGGAUUAAGCAAGUUGAAAGGUCCAGUUACAUACAGUUAUAACGAUUUGGUGCUUGCAACAAAAAAUUUUAGUGAAGAAAAUAAACUAGGAGAAGGAGGAUUUGGGGCUGUAUACAAGGGCACUUUGAAGAAUGGGAAAGUUGUUGCAGUCAAGAAAUUGACUUCAUCUCGCUCCAAGAGGGUGGAGGAAGAAUUUGAAAGUGAGGUGAUGCUUAUAAACAAUGUUCACCAUCGGAAUCUUGUUCGACUGCUGGGUUGUUGUAGUAAAGGCUACAACAAAAUCCUUGUCUAUGAAUACAUGAAAAAUAGCAGCCUCGACAGAUUCAUAUUUGGUAAAAAGAAGGGUUCUCUUAGUUGGAAGCAACGAUAUGACAUAAUUUUAGGAAUAGCAAGAGGUUUGACUUAUCUACAUGAGGAAUUUCAUGUGCGUAUCAUACACAGAGAUAUCAAGACUAAUAACAUCCUCUUGGAUGAUGAUCUGCAACCUAAGAUUGCUGAUUUUGGGUUAGCAAGGUUGCUACCUGAGAACAAAUCUCAUGUAAGCACAAGACUCGCAGGAACAUUAGGAUAUACAGCGCCGGAAUAUGCAAUUUAUGGCCAGUUAUCUGAGAAAGCUGAUAUCUAUAGUUAUGGUGUUGUAGUUCUGGAGAUCAUUAGUGGUCAAAAGUGUAGAAAAUUAAAUGUUGAUGAUGAUGAAGGGGCAUCCCUUCUUCAAAAGGCUUGGAAUUUAUAUGAGAAAGGAAGGCAUUUAGAGUUGAUGGACAAGACCUUAGAACCUAAUGUAUAUGAUGCAGAAGAAGUGAAGAAAAUCAUAGAGAUUGGUUUGCUUUGCACCCAAGCAUCCGUUGAUACAAGGCCAAUGAUGUCUGCAGUAGUUGCUUUGCUUCAAAAGAAGGAUUUGUCAGAGAACCUUAGGCCCACUAUGCCUAUCUUGAUAGAAAUUAAUUAGAGAUCUGGGGGAUACUUCUUUAGUGUUCUUGCUCUGGAUCCUGUAUUCCGAUGUUCCUGCUUUCACCUCUACAGAUAUUAAUUAUCUGAAAGAUAAUUUGUGCGUAA